AUGAGUGUAUCAGUGAGUGAGAAACCAGUGGAGCUUGACACUGUUUUGGAAAAGUUCAGCAUCUACCAAAGAUAUCAUGUAGAGAAGAUCACACUAAUUUUUAUAGCGUUUAUGACCAAUUCGAUUUAUUGCAAUCAAUUUAUUUUUGUCACGGAAGCAGUACCAUACAGAUGUGUAGACUCGCAGAAUUUCAGCGAAACGCCGGAGAUAUGUGGCAAGAAUGUGUCACAAAGUUGCAGCCACUGGGUUUAUCAAGACCCUGACAGUUUCGUGGCCCAAUUUGAUCUGGCCUGUGAGGAUUGGAAACGAACUAUGGUGGGGACAGCACAUAACGUAGGUUAUAUGAUUGGUCUGCUUAUCGUUGGACCACUUUCUGAUAAGUUUGGUCGAAAAAAUAUUUCAAUAUUGACGGGAGUCUUAGGUGGAGUAUUUGGCGUAUUAAGGAGUUUCUCCAAUUGGUACUGGUUUUUCGUCGCCAUGGAGUUUAUGGAAGCCCUCAUAGGGGAUAUCUGCUCGCCCAUGUUCGUAUUAACACUAGAAAUCGUCCCUUCUAACAAGCGACUAAUCUUCAACAUGUUGGCCAGUUAUGGUUAUACGGUCGGCGGCUUGCUCCUUGCAGUCUUUGCUUGGCUCAUUCAAGAUUGGCGUUGGCUUCUACGGGCCCUUUACACGCCUGCUCUUCUGUUCAUUCUCUAUAUCUUCUUCCUCGACGAAAGUCCUAGAUGGCAUCUAUCAAAAGGACGAAAGGAAGAGGCAACUGCAAUUGUAGAAAAAAUUGCAGCAAAAAAUAAAAUAAAACUUGACCAAAACAUGCUUGAUAAUUUAAGCUAUGAGAAAGAAGAAAGUACAAAUUUAAAAACGAUUUUAGUGAGCACAUUAAAGUCUAGGAAAUUGAGAACAAGAUUCUUUGUAUGCGUUAUUUGGUGGAUGACAUCUACCUUCGUGAACUACGGAAUGGUUUUGAACUCUGUAUCGUUACAGGGAAAUAAAUAUGUAAACUUUGGUCUGACACAAUUGGUUGACGUUCCGGGCUUGUUGAUCGUUACUAACAUUUUGCUGCGAUUUAAACGAAAGAAACCAUUGAUAAUUUGCUUUUCUCUUGGAGCUAUUAUGUGUCUUGCACAGCCUUUUGUGCCGAAAGACAUACAGUGGCUGUCCAUAACGUUCUACAUGAUUGGGAAACUGAUGUCGUCCUUCUACUUUGCCAUUACAUAUUUGUAUACCUCAGAACUAUUUCCUACAUACACUAGAAACUCCAUGCAUGCUCUGUGCUCAUCUCUAGGAAGAGUUGGAUCUAUACUAGCUCAACAGACUCCAUUGCUGCUGGUUUACUGGAGUGGUUUGCCAGCAUUAAUCUUUGGAUCAGUCGCUCUUUUUGCUGCGUUUGUAACAUUAUUGGUCCCUGAUAUAUCAGAUGACUCCCUUCCCGAUAAUGUUAAGGAAGCUGAAGCGAUAGGCAAGAAAGACAAGGAUGUGAGCGCGUGA